AUUUCAUGUUAUAAGCGUAGUUACGAAACUGCUCCGCUGGCGUGCAUUCGUUGUUGGAAUCAUCCAAAGAAUAAUCGAAUAUCAUACGUGAUCUUACUGAAGUCACUUUGAAGUAAAAUGGCAGAUAAUGAUGAUCUUCUGGAUUAUGAAGAUGAGGAGCAGAAUGAACAGCCUGAUGGAAGUGGAGAUGUUCCUGCCAAGAAGGAAGUAAAGGGCACGUACGUCUCUAUCCACAGCAGUGGAUUCAGAGAUUUUCUUUUGAAACCAGAGAUUCUACGUGCUAUUGUUGAUUGCGGUUUUGAACAUCCAUCUGAAGUACAACAUGAAUGCAUUCCUCAAGCGGUACUUGGAAUGGAUAUAUUAUGUCAAGCAAAAUCUGGUAUGGGAAAAACUGCUGUAUUUGUAUUAGCCACUCUACAGCAAUUGGAAUUGACAGAGAAUCAAGUCUAUGUCCUGGUAAUGUGCCAUACUCGAGAAUUAGCAUUCCAAAUCAGUAAGGAGUAUGAAAGAUUCAGCAAAUACAUGCCGCAUGUAAAAGUUGGUGUAUUUUUUGGUGGCUUACCUAUUCAGAAAGAUGAAGAUGUCUUGAAGACUGUAUGCCCUCAUAUUGUCGUCGGUACCCCUGGACGUAUCCUCGCUCUUGUGCGGAAUAAGAAAUUGAACCUGAAACAUCUGAAACAUUUCAUAUUAGAUGAAUGUGACAAGAUGCUUGAAUUACUAGACAUGCGCCGGGACGUACAGGAAAUAUUUAGAAGCACGCCACAUAGCAAGCAAGUUAUGAUGUUCAGCGCUACGUUGUCCAAGGAGAUACGUCCUGUCUGCAAAAAGUUCAUGCAAGAUCCCAUGGAAGUCUAUGUCGAUGACGAGGCGAAGCUCACCUUGAACGGUCUACAACAACAUUAUGUUAAAUUGAAGGAGAACGAGAAGAACAAGAAGUUAUUUGAACUUCUGGAUGUACUCGAAUUUAAUCAGGUUGUUAUAUUCGUGAAGUCAGUACAAAGAUGUAUGGCUUUAGCGCAACUUCUGACAGAGCAGAAUUUCCCUGCAAUUGGAAUUCACCGAGGCAUGACGCAAGAGGAACGAUUAUCCAGAUAUCAGCAAUUCAAAGAUUUUCAAAAGCGUAUUUUGGUAGCAACGAACCUGUUUGGACGUGGUAUGGAUAUAGAACGCGUCAAUAUCGUGUUUAAUUACGAUAUGCCGGAAGAUUCCGACACGUACUUGCAUAGAGUUGCACGUGCUGGUCGUUUCGGCACAAAGGGCCUUGCUAUCACGUUAGUCAGCGACGAGAGUGAUGCCAAGAUAUUGAACGACGUUCAAGAAAGGUUUGACGUAAAUAUCACAGAAUUGCCGGACGAAAUUGAUCUCGCUUCUUAUAUUGAAGGACGAUGAAUUGAACCUGCACAGUUUUAUUUUACAAUAAGAUCUUAAAGCACAUAAAUGUUUCUUCUAAAGCUGUCAAUUCCACCUCAAAUAUAAAAGUUUGAUGUGAAAUGAUAAUUAUAGAAAUAUGUGUAAACCAAAAGUAACCUAUAAACGCAUCCAUUACAAGAUACGUUUUUGCAAAUAUUUUUAUUGACUAUUAGAUGCUGAUUUUUAUGAUCGUAUUAUAAUCAUAGUUACUUAAUCUUCAAUUUCAACAAUAAAUAAUCUGUAAGAGUGUAAAUUGUCUUAUUCCAUAAUUAGAAAAUAAGUAUUACGAUCAUAGAUGUGGAUCAUGAAUUUCAGUCGCACGUAAAUGUAAACCAUCACAAUAAAAACUCACUUUUGUAAGCAAA